AUGUAUAUACAUAAAUUAAGAUCUGAAAGUAGUAAAACUGAUGAAAGUGAAGUCAAAAGGAGAAAGAAAGGAAAGGAGAAGUUAUACAAGGAAGAUGAAAGUUUACCUGAGCAUCACGACAGGAGGCGAACGUCGCGAAGACUUAUAGAUUUAUUUAAGGAUUCUCCAAUUAAUAAGGAAUCUCUUGUUAAUCUUGUUAAAUUGGGAAGAAGAAUAGAUAGAAGGCAAAGGAGAAAGGAGAAAGAAAUGAGAAGGGAAGAGGAUAAUCAUAAAGAUGAAAUAAGAAAGGCAGAAGAGGAAGAGGAAGAAACGUCUUUACGGAAGAAAAGCCGUAAAAAACAACAAUCAAAAAAAGCGGAUAUAAAGAAAGAUGCCGAAAAGAAGGAGGAUGAUGAAGAGGAAGGGACUCCUUUGAGAAGGAGAAGUCGUAGAAAACACAUUUCUGGAGGAGAGGGUCAUUUGGUUGAUGAUAAGAAGGAUGACGAUAAUAAUAAUAAUAAGAAUAUGGCAUUGAGCCUAGAUCAAGAACAUAAACAAGAAGAAUACAAGAAUGGUAUUCGUACUGCAAGAAGUCCAUUAAGAAGACAAUUAUCUAAAGAAAGGUGAUAUUUGUCAUACAUUUUUAAUAAUCACAAUUUAGAAGACGCUACAGAAGUCAGC